UACCCAAGGGUGGGGUUACAUACACACUGCCAUGUUUAAACAAGACUCACGAUCAGCUGGACUGCCACCUCCUCCUUUUCCCUCCAGCCUGGUGGCUCAGGUUUGUCUUACCUUAUUUCGGAAACACGGAAGAACAGAAGUCACAGCAGAAACAGCGUGCAGCUGUGAAAACUGAUUCCCACCAAACAAAUCACCCCCAGGCCUCUGCCGAUGAAGGAUACGGUUGGAAUCAUUUUCAGAACAACAGCCACCUGACUUUAAAGAGCUCAAGCAUGUAGUGCGCUUUUAAUAAACCGAAGAUUGUGCGUUGAUGUGGAUGACAAAAUAGUCACGGCUCUUAGAUUGAAUGGGUUUUGUUGUAUAAUGUGUUUUGUCAUACAAUCUCUUGUUUGCUAUGCAAAUGUUCAAAUAUUGAAAUACAUUUUUCCCCAGGAAUAUUCAAGAAAAAUCUGAUAUUCAGGACCUCAUGUUUCAACAGUUUUAACAGACUGUAACCGAGGCUCUUGAUUAUUCAUUUUUGACUUGCUUCUCCAGCCUGACACCAUGAACAUCUCUCUUGAGAACCCCUAUGGUGAUGUCACCAUCCCUCGUGCCAAACUGCGGGAUCCGGCGGAUUCCAGCACCAUCAUCAUGAACCCAAUGGCCUUGGAGAGCACCUACAACAACCGCAACUCUGCCCUAAACCCCUACAGCAGCACCAAAACCCCAGGCGAGAACAACACCUCAAGUGUGCCAGUCUACGGAGAGGCCAGGAACGGGAGCCAGAACCCCCCUCCGGCUUACACGGUGAGGGAAAGCGAGGAGCAGGUGGGACGCUGCUACGCCUGUUGCUGCCGGAGGAGGAAGUGAGACUAGAUUUACCCUGUGAAGCAAAGGAUUAUGGGUUUUACAUUUUGGAACCAACAUUCCACCUCCCAAAUUUCAGAAGCCAAAUGCUGUACAGUUCUAAAAUGACUGGAUUUUUGGGAUCCUUUAGCUAUUACAUGAACCUGGAGAUCAUACUGCGGUUUGGACAAAACAAGAGCUGACCUUCUGUGACUGCACCAAAACCUAUUAUAUUAAAUAUUUACAUUUGGAUUACAUCAUUGUUUUGUUAAAUUGGCACAGUUAAGUUCAGCUGGAUUGCUCCUACUGAACCACAUUAAAGCAGCCUUACCUUUAUCUGGCUCAGACAAUGACAUGCUUAGAUACUCUUCUUCAUUUUGGCGUCACCCAAUUGUUCCCAUACACUUACUUAAAAUAACUCAUGUUAAAGUUAUUCGACUAAUGUUGUUGUUGUUAAUGGAGUGUUUCUAUAAAUCUGUAAUGAGGUUAAACAGGUUUUAUUGCUGCACACAGAGGUGGGCUCUCUUCAGAAUAUGUCCCGGUGGACUUCUCCAAGUUUCUUUAGGUUUUUGAGUCACACCCUGACAUGCCGUCAAACACAGGUGACUGAAACUUUAGGAAGAACCCUUGUUCUUUUACAAAAAGACACUGUCAUCUUUUACUUCAGAAUGAGUGUUGUGCCAUCUGAGUUUCUAUUGAACGAGCUUUUCUGGUUACUGUAGACACACUGCUGACACAUUGUGUCUAGGAUUGCCAAAGAGACUAUUAAGUGCAACACAAAACCCUUAUAGUACUAAUAUUAUAUGAUUAUAAGCAAUAUUAUGCUAGUUACAUUUAAUACAAUGGGUCGUUGACAGUUUUUUUGGCCACAAGACUGUGAGCCUGACUAUUGUAAAUAUAAAAUAUGCCAACCAAAAUGUUUUGGAUGUCUGUAUAUGUUAGGCACGAUGAUCAAUAUAUUUUUUGAUACAUAAAAUCACAGUUGUCUCUGUAAACAACUUUU